GAAAACGCCGCAAUGCGCUGAUCGGUGGUGAAUCCUCGGUGGCGGCCAUGGGCCGACGGAAAGUCAUGCUGGCAGCACCAGUCCUUGGAGUCAUUUGGCUGCCAGAUGCCUUCGCGACAUUGGGAACUCCGCCUCAAUCGAGGCCGUCCGUCCACUUGUGCGGAAGUGUGGGGUCACAAGUGAGGCGGACGCAGCAGACGCAAGGGCUUGGGUCCCUUCGCGCCGCUCCAUCUGCUAUUGACACCUACUUGGAUUCUGUGGGGGUGGACAGCUUUGGUCUGGGUAUUCUCGUGGGCGUCUUCGGGACGAUAUCAACGAUUGCCGCAGUGCUGUCCAUCUUCGUUGACAAUUUGCGUGGUGUGGACCUAGAGGGUGGGAACGCCUUGGCUUCUUCCGGCGGUUUUGUGAUGCCGAACUUUUUCUUCCAGGGAGCCAGGGAUAUCUUCAGUAACGUCCGUCAGGACGCCGCACAGUCCACACAAAGAUUCAAGGAGACAGGAAGAUUUGCUGAGAUCUAUGCCGGUAUAGAGCGAUCGCAGGAGAUGGCGAUGUUGCGAAGUAUCGAUGCACUUCGGGAGCAGGUGCCACCUGGUGCCACACGUGAAAUUCUUUUCAGCUUGUUGCGUCGUGCCGCCCUGUCGAGUUCGCAGUUGGGAAGUGCCUUGUACGACUUUGCACUGCGUUUGCAGGCCAAAGAGCCCGCCCGACAUCGCGAGGAUGUUGUGGAGAUCCUUGAUGAACUUUGGGCUUUGGAUGAGGGACGCUGUGCAGUCAGUGCCAGGCGUCCGGGAGAAGGUGGACGAAGACCCUGGCUGGAUGCGGAUGCUGAUAUUCUUUUGGAUGAGCAGGUCCCAGCGCUACGGACCACUCUGGCCGAGUGUGCCAAGAGGCCUCUCUUCGCUUUUGUGGCUCCAGAGAUCUUAGCUCGUCCAACUUUCCUGACUUUGGUCAGGAUCUUCGAUGUUUUUCAGCCUGCAGAAGCCAGUCAAGCAAAUGGCAGUACACCGGGUCCAUAUAGCCCGGUGGAGUUCAGUGCAAUCGAUGAAUUUCUGGAACAGGUGACGCGCACCUCAGUCAUGCGUCGCGCCUUUCGCCAUAUCACAAAGACUUUGCCAAUUGUUCUGACAAGACAAUGGAAGGAAGUCUUGUUCAAGCUGUGGUUUCAACGGCGCGAUGGCAAGCCUUGUGUCUUCGAGCAUGUGUUCUUGGGCAACUUGACGGAAGAUAUCUCCGGACAGCCCGUGGCCGGUGGGUUUCACUCGUGGCUCAAGUUUUACCUCGAAGAGGUCAGAGGCACAGCGAGAUAUCUGGGAUACAUCUACAACAACGCUGAAGCAGGUCUGGUGAACAGCAGGUAUGUGUCUGGGAAGUUCGUGUGGGACUAUGACGGUCACAAACUUGUGAAGGACCAAGGCGGCUUUUUCAUAGGAACCUCGCCCGAGUGGCAACUGGCAGUUGGGACUGUGGCAUAUUUUGAAACCUCCACACCCGGUAUGGCGAGGCAGAAUGGUUGGAUCCCCUGGAGCGGUGCUUACGAUGAAGGUUACACCAAG